CAUGCUACUUGUAGCUAGCUACUUUCUGUGCUGCUGCUUUGCUUUCACUUGUUGUUGUUUUUUUGAGGGGAGAAAAACACCGACAAAAACACACAUUUAACCCUCACAGGAGCACCAGUGUGUCCGUGUGGGAGCCAUGGCCCUGCAGGGCUCCGAGGAGCUGCAGGUGGAGGAGCCGGAGGAGCUGGACGACCAGGACGCGGCGAGCGUCUCCCCAGCCGAGGAGAUGACGCUGCCCUGCGGCUCCGGGGGCGACGAGGGGCCGGGGGACGCGCUGCUGCUGCCCUGGGACCGCUUCUCCGCCUGGCUGCACUGCAUCUGCGUGGUGGGCUUCGACCUGGAGCUGGGCCAGGCUGUGGAGGUCAUUUAUCCUCAUCAUUCCAAACUGUCAGAGAAAGAGAAAACAAGCAUCUGUUACCUGUCUUUUCCUGACUCCAACUCAGGUUGCCUUGGCGACACGCAGUUCUGCUUCCGCUUCCGUCAGGGCUCCAGCAGGAAGUCGUCGCUGGGGUGUUUCCUGGAGAGCACGGACAGAGACGCACCGCCCUGCCUGAAGAGGGAGCAGGGUCAUUACUACGGCUACGUCUACUUCCGUCAGGUCCGAGACAAGUCGCUGAAGAGGGGAUACUUCCAGAAGUCCCUGGUCCUGAUCAGUAAGCUGCCGUACGCGACCUUCUUCCACUCGCUGCUGAAGAUCAUGGCUCCAGAAUACUUCGAGAAGCAGGAACCGUGUCUGGAGGCGGCUUGUAAUGACAUAGACCGCUGGCCGACGCCUCAUCCUGGACGAAUCCUAACGCUGCCGAUUAUGGGCGUCGUCAUCAAGGUUCGAAUUCCCACCUGUUACGACAAACCAGGAACGUCGCAGCUCGUCCAGUCUGCCCAGAGCGACAGUUUGGUGUCCAUCGUGCUGCCAACCAUCCAUGAGGUCGACCUCUUCAGAUGUUUCUACCCGGUCUUCUUCCACAUCCAGAUGCUUUGGGAAUUGGUGCUGCUUGGGGAGGCGCUCGUCGUCAUGGCGCCGUCGCCUGCCGAGUCGUCGGAUACGGUGCUGGCUUUGGUCAGCUGCAUCUCUCCUCUGCGCUAUUCCAGCGACUUCCGGCCGUACUUCACCAUCCACGACAGCGAGUUUAAGGAGUACACAACCCGGACGCAGGCGCCGCCGUCGGUCAUUCUGGGAGUGACCAAUCCCUUCUUUGCAAAAACCCUGCAGCACUGGCCGCACAUCAUCCGCAUCGGAGACAUGAAGCAAGCAGGGGAGGUGGCCAAGCAGAUGAAGGUCAAGAAACUUAAAAACCUCAAAACUCUGGACUCUAAACCUGGUGUGUAUACUGCGUAUAAGCCAUAUCUCAAUAAGGAUGAAGAAAUCAUCAAGCAGCUUCAGAAGGGUGUUCAACAGAAGAGACCUUCAGCAGCACAAAAUGCAAUUCUUCGACGCUACUUCCUAGAACUGACUCAGAGUUUCAUCAUUCCACUGGAGAGGUACGUGGCCAGUCUGAUGCCUCUCCAGAAGUCCAUUAGUCCCUGGAAGAGUCCUCCUCAGCUACGACCCUUCAUCCAGCAGGACUUCAUGAAGACGCUGGAGAAGGCUGGACCCCAGCUCACAUCACGGCUGAAAGGAGACUGGAUGGGACUCUAUAGGAAUUUCCUGAAGUCUCCCAACUUCGAUGGCUGGUUCCGCAACAGAAGACGAGAGAUGACGCAGAAACUGGAAGCUCUGCACCUCGAGUCGCUGUGUGAGGAGGAUCUUCAGCAGAGAAUCCAGAAGCACACAGAGGUGGAGGCGGUGGAUCUGGUUCUGAAGCUGAAAGAUAAGCUGACCCAGGCGGAGCGGGAGCAGCUCCCGGUGCGACCCGGGACCCUGGCCAAGCUGACGGCCCACAUCGAGGCGGUGAUCCUGGCCUUACCAGAGGACCUGCAGGGCAUCCUGCACAAGCCCCCGACGCCAUGACCUCUAACCCCUCCUGUCUGCAACACUAACCCCAGUUUGAGCUUGCUGAAUUUCUUUGUCAUGGUUGUGGGGGAGGGGGGCUCCCUUUUACCCAGACCGGGUCCCAGUUUGAGGUCUUGCUCGGGUUUAACGUUUUAAAGAGCGUUUUCGAUGCACAAAAUGAACAGCCGGCUUCACCGACGCGGCGGGGGUCGGAAUAAACCCCGACGUCCCGGGCGAUCGCGGGGUCUGGAAGCCACCGGCCGGAUCGGGCCGCAGCUGCCAGGCCGGACCGGAGUCUUCUCUUCUCGGAGAGACACAGAGCGUUUGUACUUUAGAAAACGAGGAGAGGACGACGCCUCUGGACUCAGCAGACCGUCUCGUCGGAGACGGCGGUGGUCCGUGUGCAGGAAGAACAGAAGUGUUUGACCUUCGGCAUUUUUACCUCUUAACAUCUUGAUUUUUACUUUUUAACUCUCUUUUUAACUCUCUUCAUCCAUUUUUUUUUUAAAUUUGUUUUUAAAACAAGUGCACUUCAUCACUACGUAAGCCGGUGUGCCCAUCACUCAUACACACACACACUUACACACAAACUGAAGUGAGCCAAGCAGUGCUUUAUGAUUCCAUUUUACUAGUCGUCAUUAGAGCAUCACACACAGGUAACCAAGCAUAGACAUAUAUACAUGUAUGUUUGUAUAUUUGUCUAUGUAACCAAGCAUAGACAUAUAUACAUGUAUGUUUGUAUAUUUGUCUAUGUAACCAAGCACCAGCAACCCUUUUUACCGGAAGGGACACGGGUCCCACCUUGUUGCUGUUAAAGUUUGCUCAGGAGCCAAUCACAUCAUUGCAUCCAGGUCACAUGACCGCCAUCUAGCCAAUCACAGGCGUCGUGAGAUAUUCAAGCUUUGUGAAACGUGCAGAAGCUUAAACAUUUGUCUUUUACUGAAGACUGAAUGUAAAACUGGUGUAAAAGACUUUUAUUACAAAUAUAUUCUGGAAUAUAUUUCCACAUCAUGCAAUAAUCGUUUUCUGUUAACGAGAACAUUUUAAUUGCCUCACAUUGGCACAAAAAUGACAUUUAAAUGACAAAACCCUGCGAGGCUUCAGAGUAAAACUAACAUAAGUAAAUGAUUUUGGGGGCUCUUAAGUCAUUAUUUUUAUAAAAAGGAAUUUAUAUUGAGCCUUUUGUCGGAGCAGAGUAGUCAUAAACUAGUCCUUACUUUUAAUUAUCCAUCUUUAUCAACUAUAAACUAUUUAGGUCUGUAAUUUUCUAGUAAAGACUGAUUUAUGCUUCAGAUGUGUUUUUUUUAAAUCGUGUGAAUUAUCCAAAACCCGGCGCGUUCUUGGCGUCAAAGGUUUUGUAUUUGAGAGGCUCGUGAAUGUAAAAGCAGUCUGUCUCCGUGAGGAUGCUGUUGCCUAGUAACGGCUUUUUAACGGGUCUCUGCGGCAAACGGACAUGCGCAGACUUCCGGCUGAAUUAGUUAAAUGUUGCUGCUUAACACCGUUUUUUUUUUUCAUGUCAAAAAUAUAAUGUUAAAAAUAAUGUUAAACUUUAACUUUUUUAAAGCAGCAAAAAGGACCGUUGUUGAUAUUAAAAUAUUGGCGUCCGUUUUAAUUUCAAGGAGUAUUUGACUACUUGGUAUCAGCUCUCGCAGUGUUUAGUCUCUAUUUUCAUCAAAAGCCAGCCAGUAAUGUUGACUAAAAGACUCUGUAAAGUAAUAAUUAAAGACAAACCGAGAAAGAAACCAAACAAGACGACGUCGUAAAAGCCACUUGUCCUCCGAGCCAGUAGGGGGAGCCCUUGAGCUGAAAACGACUGAAGUUCCUCUGCUGCUUUAAAUACAGAUAUGUUUUUAAAUGUAACAUUUCAAGUCUGCAGAAACAGAUUUAUUACAUUUAGUUUGUGCCAGGGGUAGAAAAAAUAUAUAAGUAACGAUAGUUGUUUUACAAAGCACAUUUAAAAGUCAGUGAACGUAAACGCACAAAGCAAAACAAGAGGGGCGAGCAGAAAGGUUCACUAAUACAGGUGUGAGAUAGAACUUCAGCAAUAAAAACAGUUCCUAAAAUAAAUAAAUAUGGGGUGAAAAUAAUCAACCGGGUUAAAAGCCAGGGAGAAAAAAAUGAGUCCUCAGCUGUGAUUUAAAUGUUUGACUGACAGUAGAAGUUGGCAGCUGUAAAUCUCCACAAUAAACUAACAUUGACAAUUCUGUGCUCAGUGGGAAUCCCACUGGAGGAAACGAUUUAAAAAAUAAUGAUGUAUAUUGUCUUUUUCUGGAACGAACAGAGGCGUAUUUUCACUAGAAAGGAUGAAUUUAGGCUUGGAAACGGUCUUGUUAUGUUAAGUUUAAAGUUAUGUUGUAGUGACUGAAUAUUUGACUGAUUUGGCCGUUUCUCAGAAUGUUUACCAUUAAAUCUAAGAAAGGAAGAAAAAGCCUCCGCCAGUGGGAGUUUACCGGGGUGGUCGAUGAGGCCUCCCGACUGGUUUCAGUAAAAAUGUGAGGAAGAUUCUUCUCACCUUUAACUCCUGAAACGUCACUUCUGGUCUAAAAAAAAGAAGAAAAGUGUUGAUGUUUCUGCUCAGGAUUCCCUGCGCUGCUUUAAAGAGAAGGAAAACCACUGCUGAGUUCAACAAGCGAAAACCACAAACAGGGUUUUAUUUUAUUUAUUUUUUUCCAUGUUGGUGUUUUGUGUUUUCAUCUAACAGCUAAACUUCUGCAAAUGUAUAACAUUAAUGUUUAAAAAAAAUCCAUCAUUGGUUAAUUUGAAGUUCAGAAACAUUCCUGGAGCUCCAACAGGUUUAAUAAUCGUGCAACCGGUCAAGUCGGAGAAUAAAUUACUACGACUCAUUUCAUUUGUAUAAAGUUUGCAUUUUGUCUAACUUGUCAAACUAAUUUUCUUUUAUUCUGUAACAUGUUUUAUAAUUGUUUGAAAUUCGCCUCGUUGUUGACAAAUUAAGAGAGUUGAGAGAAAAAAAAUGCUGCUUGGAAAAACCUGUGACCACUAGUUGUUGGGCAACUAUGAAAGUUUUAUAUUUGUUUUAAAAAGAUACUUUUAAUUUUUAUGGAGGGCUGCAACUCUGGCGAGUGGGGAGUUUUUGUACAUACAGAUGUAAAGUGAAGAGGCCCAUGUACUGUAUGACGGUUGUACAAGUAUUUUGCUAUUAAAGCAGAUGUCUUACUAAAUGCAGAGAUGAUUGAACUCUU